AUGAACACCGUCCCGAUACCCAAGCGGAAACUCCUCCUGUGCGUCCGGUUCGACCUCUCGGAGACGGAGUCCGCGGUGGGCGCGAUCGACGCGCGCUCGGGCGGCGUCGUCCACGACGAGUGCGCGAAAGCCGCCGCGGGCGCGUCCAACCUGCUCGACCCGAUCGGCGUCGUCGGCUCGUGCGUCGCGACCGCGGGGGAGCUGUCCAUCGAGGACGCGCAGGCGCUCCCGUUCGUCGCGUCGGCGACGCUCGGAUGCGCGGACCCCGCGGUGGAGUUCAGCUGGGCGUACUCGUCCACGGCCCCGGUCGCGGUGAUGCGCGUCCUCGUCUCGCUCGCUAAGUGCGACGGCGUCACCGCGCUUCGGAUCGGCCUCCACGCGAUGGAGCUCCUCGAGGGCGGGCCCAACGACGGGAAGAUCUCGUCUCCGGGAGGGUUCGCCGCGCCGCCGCCGAUUCGGCCCGGGUUGCGACACGCGCUGAAUUUCGCCAACAUGCUUCGUCGCACGCUCUCGUCCAUCGUCGCCGCGUCCGCGUUCAAGCUCGGCGACCCGCUCGGGGCGAACAAGUUGAUCGGCGCGAAAGAGGGCGUGAUCGUCCCGACGACCGCGAGGUCGACGAUCGCGUACUGGGCGCAGGAGAAGCCGGCGCCGACGUCGUUCGCGUUGUACGCGGCGGCGUCGCCCAAGUCGAAGAAGGCCGAGGGCGGCGAGACUGUAAAACCAUACCGCGCGUUCCUCUCCGCGAUCGAGAACUGGCGCGUUAAGCUCGGCCUGCGCGCGUGCUUCGUGCUCGUGAACCAAAGACCGCUCGUCGUGCCAACGGAGGUGCGAAAGGUCACGGACAUCGCGGACGAUCGCGACUUCAGAGUUCGCUACGCCGGCGCGUUCGGCGGACCCGAAGCGCCGCCUGGCGACGACGUCUGGCCUCUGAACAACUUCUACAUGGCGAACGUCGUGUUCGUGAACAACUACGGGCGGCACGCGCGGACGUUCAAGGCGAAGGCGACGGCGUUCAUGUGGGACUGGAUAGGCAUGGGCGCGCACGUGUGGGGCGGGGGGUGCGUGGAGAUCAACGGGAGAUUUCUCGCGUGGGUUCGAGGGACGAGGGAGGGGAUCGACGCGUGCGAGGACGAGCUCGCGGGCGCGGUGGGGGCGAAGAAGGAGGCGCUGACGCAGGCGAGGUGGGACGUCAUCGUGCCCGGCGGAAAGUAA